AUGGCCUUCGAUCACAAAGACCCAGACGGCGAUUCCGCAAUGACAUCUUCCGUUGACUCUGUCCGCGAUGACAGGGCCGGCGCUCGCACUCCUACCGGCAGCGCCCACACUUCUGCAUUCAACACAUCAGAAAUCUCUCCCCCUGGCUCCCAGUCACAAGCGCCAGCCGGAUCCACCGCGGAACACCGCACCACUCUCGAGAAUCAGGCAGGACCAUCUGACCCGAGCGCACACCCCCUCGUGGGCGCCUGGAAGACCAAGCGUGCACAGGAAGACUACCAGCGCGCUAUGGAAUUUGUCAUUGACAAGGAUUUCAGUUUAGCUGAAUUUGGAGAUCCGUUUGAUGAAAAGGAGUUGAAAUAG